AUGGAAAAUUCUAUAAACGAAAGUGAAGCACAACAAUCCUUUCGAUCUCCGCCAAGGAGAAGACGCUCAACAUUCUUUGAACGAAGGGAUUCUAUAAUUCCAAAUACAAUAUCAGAGACUAUUAAUGUCAAUAACAAAGACACAGGUGUGAAGGAAAGGCAGACUCAGGACCUUAAUAGAUAUUACCAGAAACUGUUGGCAGAAAAAGAAAUGUGGAAAAAGGAAGUAAAUGAAAGGAGGAACAAAUAUCAUGACCUAAGGCAACAGUAUCAGAUAGCAGUCAAAGCUUCCAGCAGAUCAAGAAUAUCAUACUCAGCUCUAUCAACUGAAGACAUAGAAUUUCUCAAAGCCAAACCAAACUUAUCCAAACUUGUUGAUUCCCAACAAAAGCUUCAUAAAAGUGUAUUGGAGACUAGAGAACUCUUCAGGCGAGCUAGCGAACUAGACAAUGUUAUAUUGAUGAACAGCGAAGACAUGAUUGACUCGGUUACAAAUUACAUCUUAGAGAAUAGUACAUUGGACAUAGUAGAAUGA